AUGAAAAAUCAAACAUAUUUUCUACAGUUUGCUGUUAUUUAUGCAUUUCUAUUUGAAAAUGUAUUUGCAACCAGUUGUUUUCACUGCAUCUCCCCGGAUAAAAACUAUAAUGCAACUGUUCGAAGACAACUAGCUACUCAGACAGAUAUAUUCUUCUACCCGCUCGGUGUGAAAUCACCAUAUUGCAGUGAAUCCAUAGACGCCGAAGAUCCACAUAUCAUUGAAGGCGAACUAUGCUCAAAGUACCCCAUGUGUAUUACUUUGUUCCCAAAUCUUCAAGGUUCCACAUUUAUGGUUCGUGGAUGUUUCGAGAGUAUACUCCGUCAUAGUCGAAGAAAUGAGGAACAACUGCAACAGGACGGCUGCUACCUAUUGAGAUCACUUCCAAUGUACGCGAACACCGUCACUAUGGAUUACGUGGUUUGUACAUGUCAUGGAGACUACUGUAACACAAUGCCUAUGCCGGAUGUCCUUCCAAAACCAUACUCAUUUGGAAAAUCCAAGAUUCUGAAGGUUUACAUGAACGAAGAAAGAAAUGUCCUCCAACUUUCCACUUCAAAUGCAAAAUUCAUGUUUUCCUUGUCUUCUCUAGUCUGGAGUUUGAUGCUUUUAUCAUUCAAUUAA